UUACUUGGUGACAGCAGCAACAUUUAACUUCAUGUUUGUGGAAUCUGUCAACUACCCUGUUUCAUUUAAUUCACCCGACAAACCGAAAAAAGCACAUUCAACGUCAAAUGCAAAUGUUAAAAACAUAGCAAAGGGUGUUUGUGCUGCAAUAUUGAUCAUAUCAGGAAUUUCAUUUAUCUAUUUCUCUCAAUUUACAUAUGGUAUCGGAUCCGAAUCGGAUGUUGUCUCAAGCAAGAAAUGGUUGGAGACUUGGGAUUUUCAGUACCAGGCAAAGAAUAAUAAGAAUUAG